AUCCCCGCCAAAAAAAGAUUCAUUACUCUAACUUACACUGAAACAAACACAAUGGCUGAAGCUCUUACAAAAACUGACCUGCAGGGUGCACUGCCCCUGAAAGCUCGAGGUAAAGUGCGAGAUCUAUAUGAAAUAGACGAUAAGACACUGCUCUUUGUCGCAACAGAUCGUAUCUCCGCAUAUGAUGUGAUCAUGGAAAAUGGAAUCCCCGAUAAAGGAAAACUCCUAACCCUCUGCACAAAAGCAUGGUUCAAGAUCCUCCAAGAAGCUAUCCCCUCUCUCCGUACACACUUUAUUACUCUUGACCUCCCACCUCAAAUCCCCGAAUCACUACGCCCAGCCUUGCAGAAUCGUAGUAUGCAAGUACGGAAAUACGAGGUCUUCCCGAUUGAGGCUAUUGUUCGAGGUUAUAUCACCGGAUCUGCGUGGAAGGAGUAUCAGAAGUCGGGAACUGUGCACGGAAUUCAGGUUGCGCCGGAUCUCAAGGAGAGCCAGGCUUUCCCUGAUGGACCAAUCUAUACACCCAGCACGAAAGCGGAAUUGGGCCAGCAUGAUGAGAACAUUCAUCCUGACGAAGCCGUCAAAAUCGUCGGCGAAAAAUACGCCUCCAAGAUCGCCUCUCUCGCCAUUAGUCUCUACCAUGCCGCGCACGCCUACGCCUACAACCGCGGCCUGAUCAUCGCAGACACAAAAUUCGAAUUCGGCCUCGACCCCGAAACUGACGAAGUAGUUCUCGUAGAUGAAGUCCUGACUCCCGAUUCAUCACGCUUCUGGCCCAAGGAUCGUUACGUCAUUGGUCAGGGUCAGGAGAGUUUUGACAAGCAGUAUUUGCGUGAUUGGUUGACUAGUCAAGGACUCAAGGGGAAAGAAGGUGUGAAGAUGACGGAGGAGGUUGCGCUCAAGACGGCGGAAAAGUAUAAGGAGGCUUGGGAGAUUAUUACUGGUGGUGGAGAGUUGUAAUCUUCUUUGAUUCCUCUUUGGUGUUCGGCGGUGAUGGUUUUCUCUGUGAUUUAUUUGCUUCUUCCUGCCGGUCAAUUUCAAGACUUGCUUGCUCAUGUAUAACUACUGAAUUGGGAUCUUGAUAAGACAGGGUGGUACUUUGGCAGCUUAGCAUAUACCAAUCGAAUUAUGAAAUGGACUGAUACCCGUCAGAGAGUAUGUAAGUCUAUAUCAAGGC